UGGGACAAGCAAAGGUGUACAUUGGCUUGAUGUUUUCAGUGUUUUGCGAGGAAUUGUUUGCGGAAAAGCAUGCGAACCAGGUUAAGUGAAGUUGUCAAAUGCGUAGAGCAGCCGUUUGUAAUCAAAAUUAGCUGCGAAGAGCGUCUUGCCAAGGAAUGGAGAACGCGGGCGAGUCGAGCACAGACGACAUAUCAGAACAAAUCCAAGAUAUCAAAAUAGUGACCACUAAUAAUUUGGCUGAGGAUUCACCUGUAAAAGAAGAAGCAACCGAUUCGAAAGAUUCAAACAAAGAAUCUCCUUUCUACGAUGAUGCCAAGAAAUAUUGGUCAAAGGUGCCAGCAACUGUCGACGGCAUGCUCGGAGGUUUUGGCGGUAUAAGCUAUCGCGAUAUCAAAGGCUCAUCAUCGUUUCUCAAAGACAUAUUUAAGAUGAAACCAACUGUAGAAAGGCGAACGGCGGUCGAUUGUGGUGCAGGUAUUGGUCGUGUCACGAAAUCGCUUCUAUUCCCGCUGUUCCAAACGGUUGACAUGGUUGAGCAGGACGAAAAUUUCGCCAAUUCCGCGCGCGAGUAUUUGGGCGGGAAUGCAUCACAACUUGGCACCAUAUACAAUAUAGGACUACAGAAUUUCACCCCAGAACCUGGGAAAUAUGAUGUGAUAUGGUGCCAGUGGGUUUUAAGCCACUUAACCGACGAAGAUCUGCAAGCAUUUCUAGAGCGCGCGUCCGUAGGCCUCGCGAAAAAUGGUGUAAUUGUCCUUAAGGAGAAUGUCACUUCGUCUGGAGAAAUAGAGGUAGACACUACAGACUCGUCGAUAACGAGGCCUUUGAGAAAGUUCCAAGAUAUUAUACAGUCAGCAAAUUUGCGGAUCGUGAAGACAAUUCGACAGACAGAUCUCCCAAAGGGAUUGUACCCAAUCUACAUGAUGGCUCUGAGGCCGGUAAGGAAAAGCUAGUGUGUAACGUCAAUUACCGUGGAUAAUCAUCGAUUUUAGGAAAACUCCCCAAAAUUGACACGCGCUGUCUAGAAAACCCAAGAGAAAUCUUGAAAAACAUUAAACUGUUCGUGUCUGAAUAAAACAAAAUUUAAG